AUGUCUGGUCAUAGUAGCCCCAAGUCGCGAGUCGCGGGGUCGCCCCCAGGCGAGCAGAUCAUCGAGGCCGACGACAACCUGCAGUAUGAGGAGGAUGGCGACUCGGCUCUCGGACAGGACGCCAACAGCUCCACUGCCUCCAUCACUUCCAGCAUCCUCCACUACCGAACCAUCCACGGGAGAACCUAUCACAGCGAGAGGGGAAACGCGUCCUACUGGGGAUCCAAUGAUGAAGCGCAGAGUGAGGCCAUGGACAUCGCACAUCACAUGUUCACUUUGUGCAAGGAUGGAAAAAUGCAUCUUGCACCUCUGAAGCCCGACAUUCAGAAAGCUCUUGAUGUUGGAUGUGGAACUGGAAUGUGGGCUAUCGACUUUGCAGACCAAUAUCCCGGCUGCGAUGUCAUUGGCACCGAUGUGUCGCCUAUCCAGCCAGCAUGGAUCCCCCCGAAUUUGAAAUUCGAAAUCGAGGACUGCACUCAAGACUGGACUUUUGCCCCUAGCACUUUUGACUAUGUGCAUAUUCGCUAUCUGAUCGGCUGCAUCCCGGAUUGGAACCAUCUCUUCAAGGAGGCUUUCAAGGCCAUCAAGCCUGGUGGAUACCUAGAGAGUUUCGAAACUGCUCCUUACAUCGAAAGUGACGAUGGCACUGUUAAGAAGGACUCGGCGCUAGACCGGUGGGGAAACAUCUUCAUCGAGGCGUCUAAGAAGACAGGACGGACCUUCACUGUGCUGGACGAGGGUAUCCAGAGAAAGGCCAUGGAGGAAGCAGGCUUUGUCGACAUCGAAGAAUGGAACUUCAAGUGUCCAAUCAACCCCUGGCCCAAGGACCCGAGACUCAAGGAGAUUGGCGAGUUUGGACAGCUCUUUGGAACACAGGACACCGAGGGCUUCAUUGUGUUUGUGGCUGACAUGCUGGGAUGGUCCAAGGAGGAGGUGCAGGUCUACAUCGCCCUUGUUAGGAGGGAGCUUCGGAACACCAAGAACCACGCGUUCUUCCGCCUCAGGUCUGUGUGGGGUCGCAAGCCGGAGGAGAAGUAG